AUGAAGACUCAGGACCUCCCAGACGUAGUCGUCUCUGUCAGCAAGAACCCCCAUGGCUACCAGCUGGCCUGGGACUUCCUCAGAGCCAACUGGCACACUAUGAUCAAGAAGUUUGACCUCGGCUCCAGCACUAUAUCAUACUUGGUAACUGGGGUAACUAACCAGUACUCUACUAGAGAGAUGCUAGAUGAGGUACGAAGCUUCUUCGGCUCCCUGACAGAGGAGACGGGCUCAGAGAUGAGGUGCAUCCUGCAGGCCUACGAGACCAUUGAGGAUAACAUCCGCUGGAUGGACAAAAAUCUUCCUCUUCUGCAGGCUUGGCUGGACAAGCGCAACCGACGAGUGUCUCAUGAGGAUUUAUAGCUUCAGGAGGGUUAAAAUAAUGAAUAGUGAAUAAUUACAAACAGAAACAAAUUUGUGCAAACUCAAACCACAAAAUAGAUGAAGUUGAUCACAAUGACGGUUGUUUUUCAGCUCAAGUUUGUCUAUAAUAGCAGUAAGUCCUGACUUAAAUUGGAUGUUUUUUUGUGUCAAAAUAACUUUAAAUCUCUACCCAGUCCCACAAGUUUACAAAAAAAUGAGCUUGCUUUGGGAAGAUUGUGGGUCAUUAUAAGUAUUAUUUAAUACCCUGAAACUGACUGACCACACUAGUGAGUUUUUUAAUUACACUUGUUUAAACUACAGCCUAAAAAAAUGUUAAACGGGUGCAUUUCAGAUCCAAACAAAACUAAUGAACCAUUCUAAGAAUGUCCUUAAAGUCUCUUGCUCUCCAGUCCAGCUGCAUUUAACCCUCUGUGCCCAGGUUUGCUUCAGUUUGCUUCAGCAUCUCUCUCUCUCUCCCUUCCUCCCUCCUUCUCCCUCAAUCUGCUGAUGUGUGUUUGUGUUUUCCUCUCAGUUUCCAGCACACCUGCUUUCCAAAAAGUUUCACAAUGAAGUUGAUUUUAAAGUUUAUAUGGGUUAAUGGGAGACUUUUUUAUGCAUGGAAACCAAUCGUACAGGAGUCCAACUAAAUCACAUGUGAGAUCUGUGGCCUAACUCUUAAAGUGAGCACAGACACAGUAUGUGUAACCAUUCAUUCAACAGUGUAAGUGUGCCAGGGAAUGUUACACAAUGAUCAAACCGGCCAGAACAUCAGAGGUCAAACCGUGCACAGGCAUGGUGCGAAACAACAUGUGAGCACACUAACGUAACAGUCCUCAGUAAGGGGAAAAGCACCCUUAGCAUAUAACAUAAUUAUUAAAUGAACCUAUUUGUUGUUCUUUUUUUCUGAAGAAAAGAUCUUGUUUUUUUUCCACAGAGAGGUUUGUGUGUGCUGAGUAUGUCUUUGUGCAAGUGUGUAUGUUUAGCUGUGAAGUUUAAAUUGUGUUUUGGCUGGAUGAAGUCACAGUUGUUGUUCUUUAACAGUAAAUGUUGAAUUCUGCUUCAGUGCGAAGCAGCAUGAAGAUUAUACGAUGUGAUAUAAAUAGUGCAAAAGAAAUGCACUGAAUGUCUGACUUAAGUUUUUUGUUGGAAAAAAAACCUAAAAAU